CACAGACAAAUAAAAGAGCUGUUGGGAAACAUCAAACAUGAACGAUUCUUAUUUGUAAUGAAGAAAACUAGACAUGCCAGAUUCUAGAGUUUUCCUGUCCAAUUAUGGAGGUGAGAUAAGGCUUGAUCUCCAUGAUUUUGUAGGUCUAGGUUGAGCAUCAUGAGCUUUAUAAGCAUUCCAUGUACAUCUAUUUUAAGAGGGAUCCUGGAUACUUGCAAGUGCUGAACCAGAAACGGGUGCAGCACUCAGAGCAGAAACAGGAGAGAGAUAAGAUAAUGGGUUGCUGCAUCUCUGCUCCUGUUCCUCUUUGUCAAGUCCACAACUUGCAAUUGCAACGUAGACACACUCGCCAGAAGGUGAAGUUUGGCACUGCUAGACGGAUAAAUGCUGAUCGCCCCAUCAAUAGGCAUCACCAGAAGCGCCUCGAGUAUCAUACCAAUGAUUUCCCUAUCAUCAAUGCCAUGACCGCAGAGAGAAUUCUUAAUAAUGUUAAAGAGAAGAAGCAAGAGGUGCUUGAUUCCAAAGAUGGUGAUCAUAAAGAGAAACAUGAGGAGAAUGGGGAAGAUGAAUAUGGCAGAAAAAGCUUCACAUUUCCUAUUCUGGUAUCGAGUCCAGAGAAAGACAGGCUGUGAACUUCUCUACCAUACAAUUUUCAAGAUUACGUCUUUGCAUUCCAAUCACAUUUUGCCAAUUUUGGUCUUUUUCAGUAACUGGUACUAUUAGCAAAGUUUGCUCUUCUCAUUUGCAAUAGAUAUCUUCAAAGCGAAUGCUGAUACGUGGCAUGUUGUGAAGGUUAUUUUCCAUGACUAUCAUACGGUUUUAUAUAGAUUUUUGAUCCGUUCGGAAAGUUAUUCGUAUUCAUCUAAAGAUGUGAAAACAUUGUCUUGAUUAGGAUGGAAUCAAGAAGUUUAACUAAUAUCGGUUACAUACUGUUUACUAGCAUUAAUGCAUGCUUAUAUGGAACUUGGACGAACACGAUGUCAUAUGAAUGGUAAUUUAUUUAGAUUU